AUGGUAGAAGCUACAGAGUACCAGAUCCCUCAAAGAAGGAUCCUUACAAAUGAAGAUAUGGAAAAAUGGCAAUCUAGUGCCACUCAUGAUGAAAUUAUUCAAUUCACAACAGAUUUAGCUGAUUCAGUCAAUGGUAAAGAUAAUGAUGCUGAGUGUCACAUUUCACAAUCAACUCAAGGUGUAUUAGAUAUAUUGGAAGCUGUACAUAAUAUUGUGAAGAAUCAUCCAGUGAUACAGGAUAAAAACACUACUCGUUUUGGUAAAGUUGAAUUUAGAGAUGUUUAUGAUGAUAUUAAUGAUAAUUCAAUCAAGAUCAUAAAUCAGGAUUUACCAGAACUUUCCAAGAUAAAAGGUGCAACUGAAGAAGUCUCAAUAUAUUUCAAUGAAUCAUGGGGAAAUAGAACUCGUAUAGAUUAUGGUUCAGGUCAUGAAUUAAAUUUCUUAGCAUUUUUACUUACAUUAAACAAGAUUGGUUUAUUCAAUAAAGAUGAUUAUUCAGCUAUUGUACUUAAGAUUUUCAAAAAUUAUAUUUCAUUAAUGAGAGUUUUCCAAAAGGAAUAUUGGUUAGAACCUGCAGGUUCUCAUGGUGUUUGGGGUCUUGAUGAUUAUCACUUCUUACCUUUCUUAUUUGGUGCAGCUCAAUUAUCAACUCAUCAAUAUUUACGUCCAAAAUCUAUUCAUAAUAAAGAAUUAGUUGAAGAAUUACACAAGAAAUAUUUAUACUUGGAAUGUAUUAAUUUUAUUAAUUCUAUUAAAACUGCAUCAUUAAGAUGGCAUUCACCAAUGUUGGAUGAUAUCAGUAUUGUUAAAACUUGGAAAAAAGUAUCUGAAGGUAUGAUAAAAAUGUAUAAAGCUGAAGUAUUGGGGAAAUUACCAAUUAUUCAACAUUUCUUCUUUGGUUCAAUAUUGAAAGCUCCAGAAGGUUGCUCAUCACCUUCAUCAUCAGAUUCUCAUCAACAUGGUGAUGGUUGUGAUCAUGAUCAUCAACAACAUCAAGAUAAUGAUUCAGAUAAAGGAUUGCCUUUACAUCAACAUACUUGGGGUGAUUGUUGUGGGAUUAAAAUUCCAAGUGCAUUUGCUGCUAGUGAAUCAGAAAAGACCAAACCAAUCCCAUUUGAUUAA